GCUGCCUUUGGUGGAAGACUGGUUUUAAGGAGGGUUUUCCUUCAGAGGGUAGUGGCAGCUUCUGGCAGAGCUGUGCCCCCCACUUUGUGGUGAGGGUGGCAUUACCCUGGCAGUGGGGAGUCCCCAAGGAACUCUCUCUGAAUGCAGCAGCCUGAGCAAGAUGCCUACUUCAGAAACACCCGCAGCAUCUUCCUCUGACGGUUUUUCUUUCCAGACCACAAACUGCCUGGAGGGACCCGAGCCCGUGCUGGCAAUGGCCUCUCAAACUGUGAUUACAGUCCAACCCCAGUUUUUAGCUGCCCAACAGCCAGGGGAGUGGCAAACAGGGCUGCUGGACUGCUGCUCCGACUGCGGUGUAUGUCUUUGUGGAACGUUCUGCUUCCCCUGCCUGAACUGCCAAGUGGCUGGGGACAUGGACGAGUGCUGCCUGUGUGGCUCUAGCGUGGCCAUGAGGACCCUCUACCGCACCAAAUACAACAUCCCAGGCUCCAUCCUGCGAGACUUUUGCUCCAUCUGGUGGUGCAGCCCAUGUGCACUCUGCCAGCUGAAGAGAGACAUCAACCGGAGGAGGGCGAUGGGCAUAUUCUGAUUCUGCCAUCUUCAAUGCACCCUGUGGAGCCACUGCAGGCUGGAGCUGCUGCUGCCCUGGAUGUUGGGACGUGCACCAUGAGGAGUUUGCCUUCACUGUGCUUGGUUCCCUUUUCUCUUGGUAAAGCCAGCAAUAAAAGCACUGCC